AUGUAUUCGACUCGGCGUGGCUCGCUGGCACCUCUUCCACCAUAUCCGCACACACAGAAACAGCAGCAGCACCUGGGCGACCUGUCGACGCGUUCCGGCAGCCUCGACAGCACCUUCUCGGGCUACACGACCGAGAGCACCGCCGGCUUCCGGACGCCCCUACUUCACGACCUGCACCUGCCGCUGCCUCCGCUCCUGUCCGGGUCCGCCAAAUCCAGCGCGCUGGCCCAGCACUCGGAGCAGCGACGACUUCCCUCCCUCUCGUCGACCUUCCCCACAUCGGACAUGGGAAUCCCUACGCCCGAGCAACGGCACGACGACAUGGUUGACGUCUUUCCGGGCUUCGUGCGAUCCGCGCGCAAGGACCCCGCUCACACGCCGGCUUCGAACGCCUCCAACUUGCAGAAGUACUCAACAGCCACGGACCUGUACAACCUCGCCGCCGUUGCCAAUGGUCUGAUCACGAGAGAAUCGUCAUUGACCCCCUCGGGCAGCUCGAAGCGCCCGCGCUCGAAAACUAGGACGCUCAGGGCGGAGAAUCAGCACGCCGACACCACCAACGAUGCCAAGCGCUUCAAGGUCUCCCACACCGAGCUCGCCACCAAUGGCCUGGCCAGCCUGCCUCACGUCCAUCAGCUGGGGGGAAAAGAGAUGGCUCGUCCCGCUCUGGCGUACAACCGGCCAAGAGCCCCGACGGUAUCGCAUCGCGCCCACCGCAGCAGCGCCGAUUCGAUCCAUAGCUUGCUAGCCGGUCUCGAGAGCAAGCGCGAGAUAGACAGCCGCUCCUCGCGGGGAGCACGGUCGGCUUCAGUCUCUGCGUUCGCUCCGCCGCAACAGGCAGGCUUCACGGCCGCAGCGACUUGCGCGGCGGCGACAACGACGACGACGACGGCAAAGACCAAGAUGGAGCCGCCGGCGCCGCCAAUACAGAGCUCGUCCAAGACGCCGCCGGUGCGCGAAGACCCGCUGUCGUCGCAGCUGCUGACGCAGCGCACAGCGCUCUUCUUUGAGCACCUCUACCGCGACGUCUGCUUCGGCAUCUUCCCCAGAGCCUACAUCUACCCCAAGAUCGGGCAGAACUGGCAGAAGCAGGAUCCGAGCUUUGCCGCGCUGGCAUUGAGCAUGUCGGUCCUCGGCCUGUUGGGAGCGAGGAUGCCUGCCGACGACGAGGUGGCCAAGGAGGCGAAAGCGGCACCCGUCGCCAAGAUGACUUCGCCCAAGACGGACAGGCGGUCGCUGCUGGACUCGCUCGACAUCGACGUGCCCUUCCGACCUCCGAUCUUGCCGUCCUUCAGCGACGACAACGCGCGAGCCUUCACAGCCGACCAGAGGGAUCAGGUCGUCUCGCUCAUCUCGUACACGCUCUCGACGCGAUCGCUGUCCGAGGGGACGGCUUCGUUCGGCCAGCAGCCCGGCUGCACCUCAAUCUUCACGUCCUUGCUGCUCUCGCUGGCGCUGUGGUGCCUGGAAGAGGCGGAAGCGAACAGCAACAGCGCCACGCGGCCGGCCGCUGGCUCGACGUGGAGGGACGCCAGUUUCCUGCGCUUUGCGGAGAGCGUGGCGCUGGCCAAGAUCUUGGGCAUCGACAAGCUCGCCAUCGACGAGGCGACGAGUCAGGACAGCAAGCUCGUUGCUGACCGCUCGACCGCCACGCCGCACGGCAUCGACAUCGAAGAGCGCGAGCGGCGGAUACGCACGUGGGCGCUCCUGGUCCGAUGCGAGCGUUGGUGGGCCUCGCAGAGAGACGACUACCGGCCCCAGCUGCGCGUCCCAAGGCCUCUUGCCGACGCCCGGUCUCCACCCGCGUCUAAGUCGACGCCGUUGAAGGCAUCGCCAGUGCAACCGCCGCCGCUGCUCAGCGCCGAACCCAAGGAGUCGAUGCCAUCCCCCAGCGUCUGGCAAAGCCGAGUCUCUCGUCCGUUGCUGCAGCCGACGCCGCAGCGUUUCACUGCACCCGGAUCGGCCGGCGCCUCGAUCAUGGAGUGGAUCCGGUCGUCGGCCACCAUCUCGGAGAUGACGCCCCGGGCUGGCUCGCUCCAGCUGCCACCGCCCGACGAAGACGAGGAGGAGGAGGAAGCGGUGCCCGCUCCGGAAGACGAGGCGAUGUGCGCGCCGACGCAGGGACCAGACCAGGGACAGGGCUCGAUGCGCGACCAGCUCGCCGUGCUCAUCGACCUGGGCUUCGCGCCGUUCCACCGCAUCUUGACGAGCCGCUUUUCCUGGCGCGAGAUCGAGUGCUGGCAGGGUCGCUGUGCGGCCGAGACGUGCCAGCGCCUCGAUAGUGCGCUGGCCCUACGCAUCGACGACUCGCUGCUGGACCUGUCGAUGCACGCCACCUCGCUCUCGCUCCACGGCGGCGACGAGGCGGGAGAGGCGACGUCAACCCGCCCCGCCGCGCUCAAUCACCGCGACGGCAUCCUGCUCGAGCUGAUCCGACAAGUCUUCCGGUGCCGCCUCUGGCGCGCCUCGCUGCGACACGGUCUCAUCGUCUCGUCGCCCGCCACCGCUGCGGUCGCGACGACAUCGAUGUCGUCGAGAUCAGCCGCCGCGACAACGGCAAAGUCUCCGUGCUUCUUCGGGACGGCAUUGACGGCGGCGACCGUCCCUCCGCCGCUUCGACCCGACCAGCCGCUCCACAUUGGCCUGGACACGCUCGAUAUCCUCGAGGAUUUGCACGACGUCGUCUUUGUCUCCGCGAAUCACGGCAGUGGGGCAUCGUCGUGCCAGCCUCUGGUUCGAGGAUUCCUCCAUGAGAUUGCGGAUUGCGUCCGGGCCGUCGCGCAGAGCCGGUACCGGGACGAUGCGUUCGUGUUGGAGGAGGAAGAGGGUGACGGAGAUGAUGACGGGGACGAUGCAGAGGAAGGGCAAGACGGUGCGGAUGGUCCGGGGAGAGCAGAGGCGCUCCAGGCUGGCAAGGAUGGCGGUCAAGGGUCGCGGAACGAGAUCGGAGAGGAGGAAUCGACCGGCAAGGCCGAGUCGGUGCCGCCGACGCUCGCGCAGGGCCACGAUCUCACGAAGACGACGAUCCAACAGGGGUCGCGCGCCAUCCUCUUUGACCUCGAGCGCUUCUUCCAGCAGGUCUUCUGA